AAACUACGCCACCAUUUGGAUAGUGUAGUUACUUGAAGGUCAAGUAGUGGUUGAAAUAAUUUUGAGUGCUAUUAGUGUAAUGGUGAAUGCCAUUCCUAUUUUUGGUGAUUAGAGAUGUCUGAUUCUUGUGACGCAUUUUCUGCCCUUCAAACGCUCUUCAAUAAUGCUGUGGAUAAUGACGAACUAACAAUAAUUGAAUUUACCACCCGAUUAUCAGAAAUAUGUAACUCUCUAUCAUCUGAAGAGAAAGAAUUGCUCGUCCAGCGUGUAGACAAAGAUAUUAAAAUGUCUUGCAAACAGAUCUCGGAGAAAUAUUCCUCUGGAGGAGGAAAUGACAAAGUCUCCAGAGAGCUGCAAUUUCAGAUUAUCGUCGUUCUACAUACACGCCUCGUAUGUCUCUGUGAUGAUUCAGAGUUGUCUGCUGAUCAUGAACUCAGUGACUGGAUUUCGGAGUUAAUCAGUAGACUUAGUUUAUGUGAUCCAACAUGGAGUGAAUGGAAAAAGUUUCUUAAGCUGGAAGUUAUGGAAAGGUACAAGAAAGCUUUCGGUCGUACACUUUUUCAUGUUUUUAUCAACUUGGGUUUGGAGCCACCGGAGUGCUUGCCGAAUGAUACAGAAAUGACAACGUCAGAGUCGCGUACUAUUGAAGAAAAUAUUGAUGAGGUGGAUGGUGCUAUGUUUACCUCUCCUCGCUCCUCCAGUGGAUUACAAUCACCACCGGCAUCACGUAAUUCUCUUAGACAAUCAAUUCCACGAGCUUUAUUCAGUGAUUCAUUACUUGUUCCACUUUCAUCCACUAAUGAUAAAACACCUAUUCCCUUGACAUCCACACCGACUGUACCUGAUGUAGUUAAUUCAUGUCCUACUAAUCUAGAGUCUUGUAAAAAUCGAUCGUCUACAAAUUUACCAACACCUCAACUAGUUCUGAUAACAUGUCAACGUUCAAAACGUAAGUGUCGAACACCAACUAAACGGAUAUCAGUGAAACGCGAAAUGCGAAGAAAGACUACUACAAAUACAACGCCUACUGCUUCAAGACAACGACGUCCAUCAUCAUCAGCAACAGCAUCGAAGCGAACUCCAUCAUCAUGUACUGCGAGAACUACACGUACACCAAAAAGUUCAGAUCGAUCACGUUCACUUAUUGUUUCACCUCAAAAUAGUGCUAAUAAUAAUAGUUCAAAACCAUCUAAUCGUAAAUCACAACGAACAUCAUUGAAAAAAGAAUCAUCCAAAUCAGCUAAUGCCAGCUCAAAAACUUCUUCAUAUUAUUAUCGACGUUCUGUACAUGAAACACCUAAUCCAGAAAAAUCAUAUCCACGUUGGGAAAGAGCUAAGCUGGCAGCUGCUGAAAAAACGAAAAAUAAGGCGAUCGUUGUCGAUGAGUCACCAAUCAAACCGACACUGACAGUAACUAGUCCAUUGCGUCGAUUACGUCGUGCUAAUUCUAUGCUAACUAGCCUGUUAUACAUUGAAUCACAAGAAGCAGCAAGUCAAUCCCAGCCAACACCAGGUGCAAUGAGUCAGUCUCAAGGUGGUCAUCCACCUGGUGGAUUAUUAUCACGUGAUAAUAGUAGUUUAAGUCAUCAUCUGUCUGCCGUGAAUGAUGCUGAUAGCAGUCAAACUGUCAAUACUAUUCAUGGUGGUGAAUAUAAAGAUGUCUGUCUAUCUGUUGGUAUGUCAAGAGCUGAACGUUGGAAACGACGUCAACUUGAAGAGGAGAAAAGUUUAAGUCAAUUUUCAAAUUUACAAACAGACUGUAUACAAUUUAAUAAUAAUAAUAGUAAUAAUAAUAAUGAAAUAACAAUGAAUACUACUACUACCACUACUAAUGCUCCAUCAUCAGUACCAACACGUUUGUCACGUCGUAAUUCUAAUCUACUAGCUAAUAUGGUCUCAGUUAAACAACAAGGUAACCACCAUGAUAAUAAUGCAUCGUCUACUGGUCCGACGAAUCCAUCGAUUCAAAGUCCAAAGAGGAUAAAAACACCGCGUAAAAACAUUUUCAACAUUACACCAAGUUGUAAAACAAAGCCAGCCAAUGAUCAUUUACAAGUAUCAUCAUCACCAUCACCGUUGUUGUCUACAGGAACAAUAACAACUCCUAAAGAUACGCAUAGAUUUAAUCAAAUGCCUAUUGUAACACCUCCUUUAUCUCUAGUUAAGGCAAUCCCACAACCAGCUAGUCAACCACCGCCAAUACGCGCUAUAAGUACACUCGACUCCCCGUUGAAGUCAACACCACGACGUAGAACAUGUCAUACAACAUAUAAAACAACUGAAGAUAAUCAUUCAUUGACGACGACGACAACAACGAAGAAUAGUCGUCGUGGUCGCCGGCGUGGUGGUGGCGGCAGCGCUAGGGGAGUUGGUGGCAGUGGCGGUGGUGGUAGUGUUCGACGUAUUCGACAUUCUUCCGGAUUUCAACCAUUAUCUGAUUCACCACAAAUAUUUGAUGAAGAAGCAAUGUUUCUUGGCAGAGAUGAGUUUCUGCAUGAAACAACUCCAAAUCUGUCCAGUGCAACGGAUAGUACUUUUAUAGAAGGAGAUAAUAAUAAUGAUGAUGAUGAUGGUGAGGAAUUAGGAGCAUUAUUAAUGUCAAGAAAACGUCGAAGAGCAUCUCCGGUGUGUUCACCACCACCUAUUCAACCUCCUAUAUUCAAAUUGAUUUCUACUAGUGAUAGUAAUACUGUAGCAGGAAGUACUUCUGUCCAAUCAUCACCAUCUAAAACUCAGACAGUCUCAAUAUCAUCCCCAUAUCCUCAAUUUUCACAAGAUGAGCAUACACCUUCAUGUUCAUCUUAUGAUCAAAAUCACCUGAAAGCUCGUUGUUUAAAUGCACCUAAACGUAAUUGUAUCACGAAUAACAAUAAUAAUAAUACAACUUCUCCGCUUGUCAAUACUCUUAACAGUAAUCAAAGUAGUAGUGGUAUUGAUUGUGUGAUAAGAACAACAGUCAUGAAUACUAUUAACAACCCUACUACAACUAUUAUGGCAAGGACAACGACACCAAGUAAUAAUCCGAUCAAUAAAGAUUCAUUGAAAGUUGUCAUGGAUUCUGGAAUACCAAUUAUAAAAAAGCCAAUCCCAUCGCCCUACGCACCAUUGUAUGUAUUUAAUCCACAGACAAGGAUUAACGGUGGUGUCAAUGAUAUUCUGGAUAAUGGAACGGUAAGCAGUCAAAGUAAUUCAGCGUGUAUUGCACUUCGUAAACAGCUAUUUGGUGGUUGUGAUGAUGGAAGUGAUGAACAAUACUUACAAGAACAUCAAAAGCCACUGCCUUCAACGGAGGGUAGUUUAUCGUGUCAUAAAUCAUCAUUUGAAAACAUUCAGAACUACGACUACUACUACCACAAUGAUAUCGAGAAUGUUAAUCCAUCUCGAACGAAUUCCCCACCGUUACUAUUAUCAUCAUCCCCAUUACAACCAUCACUGCCGUCAUCUCCAUCCCUUCCGAUGAAAUCAAAUCCAUCAUUGGUGAGGGUGACAAAUCAUCAAAAGGUACAAUUAACCGUCACUGCCGCCACCACUGCCAUCAGUAGAGAAAAUUCACGUCAUCCAUGGGAUGAAGCUUCACUAGAUAAUAAUGAUAUUCCACUAUCCCCUGUACUACGUCAAUUACAAUGGAAUGUACAAAAAGAUAUUGAUAAUCCAUUGACAGCAAUACAGUCAAAGCUUUCUUCACAUAUUCCUCUAUCGAAUAAUGGUGUAUUCCCAUCGAAAAGAUUGACGAUGACAUUGACAGAAACAAGCAGAAAUCAACCUCCACGUCUACGUCCUAGACGUUCACUAUUCCAGUAAUAAUAAUAAUAAAGCAUUUGUUUGUAUAUUUAUUGACACAUAUGUUUCAUUGAUUUUUGAUUGCUAAGUGAUGAAAAACUGUUUGGCAGCAAAAAGACAUUUGUUUGUGUGUUUUUUUUUCACCACUCCUUCUUUCGUUCGUUUCUUUCAAAUGUUUCUCCCAAACACUGUUUACUGCUUUCAUUCAAAGUUUUACCCCUUUAAUAUCCUUUUGUACACGUUCCAAAUGUUUAUCCUUUUAUAUAAAUUAUGUUUGUUUUUUUAAAAAAAAACCGCUUUUUAAAAAAUUGUGAUUCAUGUUGUGUUAUUUUUUGUAAAUUACAAAACAGAUACUUUGUCACUUUAUUUACUGAUUUUGUUUCUAAACUACUGAAUAUGUUGUAAGUAGUAUGUUUGUUUUUCGCUAGGAAAAAAUUGUUUGUAUAUUUAUCCUUGUUUAUUGGUUUAAGGCUUUUGGAUUAUAGAUUAUUUUUCAU